UAUACGGACACGGAGGGCAUAGGUAUCACAUCUUUACCUGGGAUCCUGCUAAGAACAUCCUAAGUGCAAGUGGUCCCUCUGUGACACCUGAGACUAAAACUACACAAGAUCAAAGAACUGAGCAUCCUUUUGCUUCUUCACCCGAAUUCCCUGAUCGUUGGAAGUGCAAAAAAAAAAAAGCCAUGGACAACAGACUGGUCCUCCUCACUGCCCUGCUGGUGAUGCUGUCCUGGAUGUCUGUGGGCACCUACGCUGCAACCAAUGGAACAGCUCUAACUAAUGGAACAGCUGCAACCAAUGGAACAACUGCAACCAAUGGAACAGCUCUAACUAAUGGAACAGCUGCAACCAAUGGAACAACUGCAACCAAUGGAACCGCUGCAACCAAUGGAACAGCUGCAACCAAUGGAACGGCUGCAGCAAAUGGAACAGCUGCGCCAGCUGUAACAACAGCCCCACCAAUAACGCCUAACACAACAGUGACAGAACUUAUGACAGCUAUCAACAGGGCAGACUGUGGGACUGGGCAGCUCUGUGCCGCUCAGCCCUCGAACUGCGACCCCUCAACAAGUUCAUCAUGUUUCUUUCUGGCUGCCAAGCAGAGCAGCGGCAGAAACUUUGACAUUGGGCUUUCAGGAGAGUCCGAUGGCUAUAUUGCAGGCACCCUGUCACUCGACAACAUACUGGGAGGUAAUGAUGCAACCUACGUGUGUGCAAACAAAAAUGGUGUUGUUAAGUUCUUUGGAGCUGUCCUCAACAAUGGCACGCUGACUCUGAAAGAGCUUCCUGUGGAUUCCGUGAAGGGCAAAAUCACUGGAAAAAAAAUCCAGUGCACAUUUUCCGCCACUGUACCGGCCCAGAUUACUAGAGCAUCUCAGUUUGCAAUCGCAAUCUCCACAGGAACUUUCAACAGCUCUACUGAUGCUCUUGGGGACCCCAGCACCCAAUUCAAAAGCCCUCUUGUAAACCUGGAAAAUCCUAACACCACUGUCACCAAUGAGCUUGCCACCAACACUAGUAGCCAUGCCAUUACAAUCCAGCAAUCUCUGACCCAAGCUCUGCUGUUCACUGUUGGUGUGCUUGGUCUGACCGUGCUAUGAGGAAACUGACAACUCCGAAAGUCAAGACAAGACCAUAACUAAAUUAUUCGUCUUAGUGUGCUACUGAAUAUAAUCAUCUCUCAGGAGGUUGACUAUGAACAGUGCAUCCUUCCCAGAUUAUUAGAAUCAUGCUUCAUUAUGUCUCAAUGUACAGGCAGGCGAGGGCAGGAAUGGUGGAGGUCGGUCAAUCUUCCAAAGCCUUCUAACUGCUUUCACAUCUGUAUAGGCUCUGAAACAAAAAAAGUAAAUUCAUUGUUAGUUUAAUGUGUAAUCAAUUUGUAAUGUAUUGUUUUAACCAUAGGAGUGCUGGAUUUCCUUCAUACAUGUAAACCUUAUUGAAAACAAAUAUAUUGACUCUCUGCCUGGAAGGAAAAUCAGUCUUUGAAUGGGUACAGAUGUGAAGAAAUAUGACAAUUAAUUACAAUUCAUGUGUUUCUGAUGACGUACACAAAAAAAGCCAUGUUUUUCUUCUUCUGUCGCUCAUGAUGUCAGCAAAUGGCAGACACGUGUUUGUGUUACGUGAUGAUUAUUAUUAUUUUUAUUUUAUUUUAUGUGAAUGUACAUAUCGUUAAGGAUUCAAGUGGAUUUUGAACAUUGUAUCAUGUAACAAUUGAUGUAGAUUUUUUAAUAAAUCACAUUUUUGGAAAUACAUAUUCAAUGAAAGCUGAAAUGUUUUUUUGUUGUUUUUUAAAUACGCUAAGAAGAGGAUAGCAGAUGAUUUAGAAGCAGUUCAAGAGAUAACCAUUAUUAAGAACUGACCAUUUUAAUAAAUGUUCAACAAUUUGCCAA